AUUGGAGUGUACUCGCUCUGGAAAAUGGGCCAAACAGCUAAAGUAUACUCGAGCGCGUCGGUAUAUUAUCAUUAAAUGCACAAAAAAAAAAAAAGGAAGAAAGGUGGACCCACCCAGGCCCCUCGAUUAAGACGCAAAAUUAAAUAAAAUAUUUAAUUACGACAGAAAUAGAGAUAGAAAGAAAGAAUUCACCGCCUAAAUUCAAUCUCGCGUAUUUUCUCGCUAUAUUUUUUCCUCUUUCUCGAGAGAAAUUCAUUUCCUGGCUCUUCUCUCUCUCUCUAAAAGGACCAAUUUCAAAAGCAUUUCUUUAUUCUUAUUAUUAUUAUUUCUCUGCUAAGAUUCUAACAAAGGAAAAUGGCGUGUAGAUAAUCUUACAAGCUGCAAAAGAAAACCCUAUUAUUGCUCUUGUUGUUGCUUUAGGAAAAUGAAAGAAGUCGACGCCCCACCAAAAUCCAAACCUGAAAGUCCCAAUCUUUCACAAACGUCUCCAGUUAAAAGUACUAAAGAAAAUGGAGUUAGGGUUUCUGUAAAUGGAAACGAAGGUUCUAGUGAUUUAGAUGGUGGUGGGGUUAUUACUGGGAUUCAAGAUACUGUUCAUUUGAGUGGUAAUGAAGACGGUCUUGAAGAUUCUGAAAUGAAUGGGGUCUCUUCUUUGUUACAGAUGCAAGGAAGUAAGAGUCUACAUGGGUUAGGUUCUGUUUUAGAUAUUAUUUAUAAUAAUGAGAAAAUGGGUUGUGAUAGCAGUGAUGGUGAUGGUGAGGGUGAUGGUGUUUCUCUUGUUGCAGAUAUUUGUGGGGAUGUUAACGUUAAUCCAAGUGAUGUUAAAGAAAAGAGGCCAGUUAGGAGGGGUUUGCGGAGUGAAUCAUCUGGUGGAAAUGAGGAUUACUCUGAUGGGGAGAUUGAUAGGGAAGUAGAGGAGGAUAGUGGAGAUGAAGGGCAUGAUUUUGGUGUUGGUGAUUUUGUUUGGGGCAAGAUUAGGAGUCAUCCUUGGUGGCCAGGGCGGAUAUAUGACCCUUCGGAUGCAUCUGAUUUUGCAAAGAAAGUUAAACAGAAGGAUAAAAUUCUUGUGGCUUACUUUGGGGAUGGCACCUUUGCCUGGUGUAAUCCAUCUCAGUUGAAGCCUUUGGAUGAUAAUUUUGUAGAGAUGUCAAAGCAGAGUAACUCAAAGAACUUUGUCAAUGCAGUAGAGAAGGCAAUGGAUGAGGUUGGUAGACUUGUGGACUUGAAGAUGACUUGCACCUGUGUGCCAAAAGAAAAUUUGAUAGGGUUUGGCAGAACAUUAGCAGUGAAUGCUGGAGUUAAAGAAGGGCUUCUUGUUCCUGAAGGUGGAAUUAAUAAGUUAUCAUCUGCUUUAUUUGAACCAACACAAUUUCUUUCGUCAUUAAGGAGUGCUGCACAGGUUGGUACUGUCACAAACAUACUAGAAACCACAGUACUAAAUAGGUGGUUAUCAGCUUUUCAUUGUGCAAAUGGUGGACACCAGUUGCCUUCUUAUUAUGAUCCAAAACCUAUUCUAGGCCUAGAAGAUGACUCCAGAAAUUGGGCGGUGGACUUAAGUAAUUAUAGUAGUGGCAUGGAAGUCAGAAUUCAGGGUCCAACUGAAGAAGAUUGGCUCUCUUCACCUAGAAAAAAUGACCAGACCACUGCAAGCAUGUUAAAAAAGUGCCAAGGAGUUUCUGAGGAUGGACUCUAUCAGAGAAGGAAACAGAAAAGCCUUGCUGAAAUUUUGGAAGGGCAAGCUGAUGCUGAGCUGGAAAAAAAGGAUGAUGUUUUGAAUGAAGAAGGUACAAUGUCAAGCAGAUCAACAUCUUUAACCAAGAGAAAGAAGAGGAAGUGUGUGGGAGAGAACACGAGGGCUGAAGAUAAAAUUGAGGUGGUGGAUGCAACUGAUGGAGUAAGCUUGGCGAAACCUGCAUCUUCAUCUGGAAGGAAAAGGAGGAGAGUAAGUGGCGAAGCUGAUGCAGAGGUCAAAAAUAAGAUGGAGGAUGUGACUAAAGCAGGGGAUAAAACAGGCAAACCUCCUGCUUCAUCCGGUGGAAAGAAGCGGAAAGGCACUGAUGAAGCUCAUGUUGAUAAUGAUGGCAGCAGUAAUUUGUUGUCUAAACCAAAGACUAGGGAAGAGUCGAAGCUUUCUGAAUCUCUUGCAGAAGGAAACAGCAAAGUCAGUACACUUGAUGCUGAUGCUAGCAGGAUGAAGCAGGAAAGUGUCAAGACUCCUUUGUCAAGAGCAAGGAAGGAAAAGGGAAGUUCCCAUGCUAAGGAUGCUGGAAGUAUUGGGGGAAAAGAUGAAGAAAUGAGGGAGAAUACUGUGUCUCCUAAAAAGGUGAUAGGUGGCCCAAGUGACAAUGGUAAGGCUGAAGAACAAAUCCAGAAGGGUGCUUUACUAAGAGAAAGGAAGAGGAGUAAGUACUUGUCCCCUCCCUACACAAACCUCAAUAAAGUAGCAAAAAAGAAUGAGGUUGAAGCUGAAUCUGUGAAAGUUUCCAGUGAAGCCCAAUUAGCAGAACCGCUGACCAAGGCUGCCAGCCACGUAAUAGGGUCUCCGCCAAUUUUGAAGCCUAGUGGUGAGAAAUUUCAGAAAAGAACCCCUAAAGUGCCUGGUGUGGUGCACGAGACUUCUGAUGGUUCAGGUCCUCAAACACCAAAGCAAGAUCAGAACAAGAUCAUUGAUCCAAUGAUAAUUAAGGCACCUGCUAAUGAAGUUCUAUCUAAAAUGCGGUCUGCAGCUCUUAAUCCACUGUAUCUGAAGGAAACCAACUCCGUUGAUGUGGUUGGGGAAUUUGUUUCUGCUUUCAGAAAUUCAAGCUAUUGCAAUAUGACUGAUAGUGAAUACAGUGAGCUUCAUUCAGGUAGAAAGAGGAAAUCACAGAAAAGUGAACCAGGGUCAUUGGUAAAGGAGCAGAAUCGGAUUGACCAAAGUUCACCUGAUCAGAAAUCCCAUCAGACAAAAACAAAAAAGAACAAAGCAAAAGUGGAUAAGCCUAAAGUAAAACAAGCGGCCAGCGCACGGGAUAUGAAGACGAAGAACAAGGAACCAAAUGGAGAAACACCAGGUGCGGCUCUUUAUGUGACCUUUGGCCCAGGAUCUUCUUUGCCUACAAAGAAUGAUCUCAUUCAGAUAUACAGAAAAUAUGGGGCUUUAAACGAAAAUGAAACUGAGAUGUUUUAUGCUAAUUACUGUGCAAGGGUUCUUUUUUUAAAGACUUCUGAGGCAGAAGAAGCCUUCAAUGAUUCUCAACUUUCCAGUCCCUUUAAAGCAGCUAAUGUAACUUUCCGGCUUCGUUAUCUCUCUGCAGAAACCAAGACUCGAGAACUUAGAGAUAUACCUAGUAAGAAGCGAGCUUCACUGGCGAAGGAGGGAGCAAAGACCCCAGGUGCACCAUCUGCUUCACAAUCUUCUGGUGGCAAUCUGUCAGAACUGAACUUUAUUAAGCAGAAGCUCGAGAUGAUAACAUCAUUGCUAGAGACAUCAAUUGGAAAGAUAUCCCCAAAUACGAAAUCUAUUUUAGAAGGUGAAAUUAAAGUUCUCUUGGAGAAGGUGAGUUCAAUGGUGGGUUCUUCAUCUUAGACAGCAGAUGAUUUUAGUCGGUAAACUUUUUUGGUGAUACUCAGAGUUCUGAUCCAUGUGCAGGUGUAGGGAUAGUAUGUUACUUUUUUUAUGUUAAGGUAUUUGUAUGCAUUUAGGAGUUUUCUUUCUCAUUAUGGUAUUUAUGAUAAUAGUGUAGGGAGUUUAUUUGAUACAGAUGGUUGGCCUUGUUCUAGUGUUGCAUGUGCUUGACCACCAUAGAGAUCAUCAAUAUUUUGGAGUCAGUCCAGUCGGUGAUAUAUAGUUUGUAUAGCAAGACAUGGAAAUUUUAAGGAUACAGGUCCCAAGUAUAAUUGAUUGCAAAAGCCAAACACAAUUCUGUAGCUUUAUAUAUUUCCAUGUAUAAUUGGAGGAUGCUUAGUUUAUUUUC